AUGGAACCUAGUAAGCAAUGGAUGCAACUUGUUGAUAAUCGGCUCGAUGAAGCCUACAUAAUCGGGGUGCAAAAGUUUUUGGAUUAUGCUUUUGGGAAAACAGGAGAAGACUAUGAAAUACGAUGUCCAUGUGUCAAAUGUUGUAAUACAACUUUGGGAACCCGUGAGACAGUUGAGACACAUUUGAAAGUUUAUGGAAUAAUUCAAAAUUAUACUUUUUGGUAUCACCACGGGGAAACUUUAGGUGAGCCCCUAUCAGAAUCUGAAGAUGAAGAUGGUGAUGAAGCAGAAGAAUGUGAGAGUGAAGAUGAAGUACAAGAAUUGUUGAGAGAUUUAUAUCCUAAUCUUGAUGGAGAAACCACGCACACUGAUUGUGACGAUUUACUUGAGGAGGAACCAAAUGUUGAAGCAAAAAAAUUUUACAGCCUAUUGAAGGAUUUCAAGCAGCCAUUGUACCAAAAUUCAAAAGCUUCAAAACUGUCCUCUUUGAUUAAAUUGCUUCAUAUCAAAAGUAUGGGUCGUUGGAGUAACGAGUCAUUUACGAUGUUAUUAAAAAUGUUAAAAGAGGAGUUGUUGCCUGAUGGUGCCAAUUUUCCAAACUCAUAUUAUGAGGCAAAGAAGAUAAUUCAAGACCUUGGGCUAUCUUACAUCAAGAUUGAUGCUUGUACUAAUGAUUGCAUGUUAUACUGGAAGGAGGACAGGUUACUCGAUUCUUGCAAAGUUUGUGGUGCAUCCAGAUGGAAAAUAGAUACACAUAGCGGGGAGACAAGAAAUAACAAAAGGCUUCAAAGAUUGUUUAUGUCUAGAAAGAAAUCUACUCUAAUGACAUGGCAUAAAGAUAAAAGAGUUGGUGAUGGAAUAAUGAGGCACCCAGCUGAUUCGAUGGCAUGGAAGUCAUUUGAUGAACUUCAUCCUUCAUUUGCAGCCGAGCCUCGUAAUGUUCGACUUGGACUUGCUAGUGAUGGAUUUCAGCCAUUUCGGAAUUCAAAAACCUCAUAUAGCAUUUGGCCUGUGGAACUAAAGGAGUUGUGGGAAGUUGUUAUUGUGACCUUUGAUAUAUCGUCUAGACAGAAUUUUAAGUUGCAUGCUUCUUUGUUAUGGACCAUCAAUGACUUUCCAGCAUAUGGAAAUUUAUCUGGAUGGAGUACAAAGGGAAAAUUGGCAUGUCCAUGUUGCAAUAAAGACACUUCGUCAAUUCGAUUGACUAAUAGUAAGAAGCAGUGCUUUAUGGGUCAUCGGUGUUACCUUCCUGUUAGUCACAAAUGGAGGAAUGACGAAAAGUCAUUUGAUGGUACAAAAGAGAAAAGGCUCCCACCAAAAAUGCAUUCCGGUAUUGAGAUACUUAAUCAAGUGCAAGAUCUUAAAGGGCUACAAUUAACAAAUGAUCCAAAGAAAAGGAAGAAGAUAUCACAUGAAAAUCGAAAGGAUAAUUGGAACAAAAAAAGUAUCUUUUUUGAACUUCCAUACUGGAAAUCUCUCUUGUUGCGACAUAAUUUGGAUGUUAUGCAUAUUGAAAAAAAUAUAUGUGAUAAUAUUAUGGGGACAAUCAUGAAUGUCAAAGGAAAGACCAAGGACACAGUUAAAACUCGGUUAGACUUGCAAGAAAUGAACAUUAGGCCAGAAUUGCAUCCCAUCCAAAGAGGGGAGAAAGUCGAAGUUCCAACUGCAUGCUACACAUUGCCUCCCGAAGAUAAGCACAAAUUAUGCCUUUUCUUAAAGAAAUUAAAGGUCCCUGACGGAUUUUCAUCUAAUAUUUCUCAAUGUGUGAACCUGAAAGAUCACAAGAUAUCUGGGUUGAAGAGUCAUGAUUGUCAUGUUCUUUUGCAACAUAUACUUCCUCUUGCACUUCGUGGUAUGUUGUCCAAAGAAGCUUGUGAACCUCUUAUUGAGUUAUCUUUAUUUUUUAACAUGCUUGGAUCAAAGGAGUUAAGGAUUGAUGAUCUGGAACAUAUUGAAGCGCAAAUUCCCAUAACACUUUGCAAGUUAGAAAGGGUCUUCCCUCCUUCAUUUUUUGAUGUCAUGAUGCACUUGCCUAUUCAUUUGGCUAGUGAAGCUAAGAUUGCUGGACCUAUUCAUUAUCGGUGGAUGUAUCCUGUGGAACGAUGGUUAUAUUUUUUGAAAUCUCUCAUUGGUAAUAGAGCAUGUCCAGAAGGUUCUAUUGCAGAGGGCUACAUUGCAAAUGAAUGUAUGACCUUAUGUUCAAGGUAUCUGCAUAGGAUCGCCACUAAAUUCAAUCGCCCUGAACGAAAUUAUGAUGGGGGUUUAAAAAAAUCUAAUGGAGGUUUAACUGUGUUUUUUCAACCUGGAAGUACUCUGGGAGUUAAUGUUCCAUGUGAUCUUGAAGAAAAUGAAUUGGAACAAGCACAUAUAUACAUACUGAAGAACUGUGAUGAAGUCAUACCACAUCUCGAAGAGUUUGCACAAACUCAUGUGGAUACUGUGCAACACUUGACUGAUGCAGAAUGGAACAGACAAUUUAUUGAAUGGUUUAAAGUUAGGGUUGCACAAUUGCAUAAGGGAGAUAAUAGUCGGAUCAUGGAAGACCUGCUCUCACUUUCACGUGGUCCUACCGGAUAUUCGACACAUCGCAAUGGUUACAUUGUCAAUGGAUAUAGAUUUCAUGCAGAAGAUCAUGAUAAAAACUUAAGGACUCAAAAUUGUGGUGUUGUUGUAGUUGGUGAGAAUGAUAAAGAUAGUGAGAACCUUGAUUACUAUGGAGUUUUAACAGAUGUGAUUGAAUUACAAUUUGUCAUGAAUAGAAGAGUGAUUGUGUUUCGAUGUAAUUGGUUUGAUGUGUAUGAUAAAACAAAAGGAGUUAAAAAAAAUGAGUACGACUUUGUGAGUGUUAAUCCAAGGAGAUUUUUGAAAACAAAUGAGCCUUUUGUUUUAGCAGAGCAAGCAUCUCAAGUGUUUUAUGCUAAUGACAAUUUCUACAAAGGUUGGUACAUAGUGAGGAAGACUCAACCUCGUGAUUCGUAUGAGAUUGUGAAACAAAUGGAUGAUGUUAUUGUCGACUUAGGAAAUCCUUCUCAAAAGAAACGAAAAAGAACUGAUGAGGUGAAGUUCAAUAUGAAUCCAUUAAAGACUGAUGAAGUGGGAUCAACUAUGAAGACUACUAGCAGAUAUGCAUUCGUCGCGCCAGGUGCUAUAAGUGCUAUAGGAAAGGGACGAGGACAAGGAGGGAUUAGAUCUUUGAUUGAGAAAGAGCAUACGCCAAUUAAGAAUUUAUUUCCUCAAUCUAGUGAUGUCGUUAAGAAAUACAUCCAAGAAAUUGAAACAAGUGCUACAGGGAAGGGACAAGGAGAAGGGCUUAAAAAAUCCACGAUUUCUUCUAGUCAAGGAAUGAGAAUGAUACAUAAAAAUUCCAUAGUUCUUGAGAAAGAGUAUACGCAAACUAAUUGUCCAUUGCCUCCAUCCACUGAUCAAGUUAAGCAAUACACCCAAAAAGUUGAAACAAGUAAGUUUUUCCAAAUUAAAUCUGCUGUGCAUAUAUAA